AUGGGUGUCCUAUCUAUUACCGAUAACAUGUCGGAUAUGGAAUAUAUUAUCGGUUGCAUAGAAGAGCAUAUGUUCAAUUUUAUGACACUAUUGAAGAUAUGUAUAUGCAGAAUAAAAAGUAAUUCGUUGGCCGAAUUUUUAAAGGACAUCAAAGUUGAUCUUAUUCCAGGAAGAUACAAAACCGAUGAGGAAAAGAUCGCCUUUUUAAAUUAUAACAAUUUCAGUCUAAAGUUCGUCAAGAUCACUAUAGUAUCCUGCGUCGUAGCCGCUACGCUGUAUUAUUUAGCUGGUUUAGCUGCCAAUAUUGAAAUGGAAUGUUUCAGAUUGGCUGAAUCUUUGGAAAGUGAUUUCAACAUAUUAAUUUUACAACAAUUAUUGGGAAGUACCAUUCAUCUUUGUCUUCUCGGUUACGAUGGUCUCGUUAGUAUGUCAGCAGGACAGGAAGCAAAGUUAAUCACUUUUGGCGUAAUUGCAGGUUGCGUUCUAAGUACGCUAUUGGCUUAUUGUUAUAUUGGAGAGUGUCUUAUUAAUGAAAGUAUGUCUUUAGCUGAAUCAUUUUAUCAAUGCGAAUGGUACAACAUAUCACAAGAGGAGAUUAAAUUAAUGCACAUAUGCAUGAUGCGAUCGGCGAAACAAAUGCAACUCACUGUUGGCAAAUUCUUCGCAUUGUCAUUAACUACAUUCACAGAUGUGAAUAGAAAUUAA